CGAGAAGAGCGGAGGGGAGGCCUCCUCCGUCGCCGCCAUCUUGGACCGGGCCCGUUCAGCUUCCGUGGAGCCGUCGGCAGCCGCCGCCGGGCCUUCCCUUGAGCCCCGAAUCCCCUACUCGGUCGUCUAGAACAAUCCCGGGCCCACUUCCUCUAUCAACAACCCAACCCCACUUCCGGCUUUCGCGCCCUCUUAUCGCGAUAGCGCCCGGGCUUGGGGCGCGAGGAAAAGGAAAAAAAAAAAGGCGGCUGGCGGGCGCUCGCCUCUGUCUCCCCCCUCCUCGCCUGUCGCGAUACGCUCCGCAGCGGCGGCGCCAGCUCCUGCGCGUCCGUUUCCAAGGGAGUAUGAAGAGAGUUCGUCUGUAGGGCAGGGAAGAUGGCGGACAAGCGCAAACUCCAAGGUGAGAUUGAUCGCUGCCUCAAGAAGGUGUCCGAAGGCGUGGAGCAGUUUGAAGAUAUUUGGCAAAAGCUCCACAAUGCAGCCAACGCGAACCAGAAAGAAAAGUAUGAGGCUGACCUAAAGAAGGAGAUUAAGAAGCUACAACGGCUGAGGGACCAGAUCAAGACAUGGGUAGCAUCCAACGAGAUCAAGGACAAAAGGCAGCUUAUCGAAAACCGCAAGCUCAUUGAAACGCAAAUGGAACGGUUCAAAGUUGUGGAACGAGAGACCAAAACCAAAGCUUAUAGCAAGGAGGGCCUAGGUCUGGCUCAGAAGGUGGACCCUGCUCAGAAGGAGAAGGAAGAGGUUGGCCAGUGGCUCACGAACACCAUUGACACCCUAAAUAUGCAGGUGGACCAGUUUGAGAGUGAGGUGGAGUCACUGUCGGUACAGACACGCAAGAAGAAGGGCGACAAGGAUAAGCAGGACCGGAUUGAGGGCUUGAAGCGGCACAUCGAAAAGCACCGCUACCAUGUACGUAUGCUGGAGACCAUUCUGCGCAUGCUGGACAAUGACUCCAUCCUGGUUGACGCCAUCCGAAAGAUCAAGGAUGACGUGGAGUACUACGUCGACUCAUCCCAGGACCCUGACUUUGAAGAGAACGAAUUCCUCUAUGACGACCUGGACCUCGAGGACAUUCCACAGGCGCUGGUCGCCACCUCCCCACCCAGCCACAGCCACAUGGAGGAUGAGAUCUUCAACCAGUCCAGCAGCACGCCCACCUCAACAACUUCCAGCUCUCCCAUCCCACCCAGCCCAGCUAACUGCACUACGGAAAACUCUGAAGAUGAUAAGAAGAGAGGCCGCUCAACAGAUAGUGAAGUCAGUCAGUCUCCAGCCAAAAAUGGCUCCAAGCCUGUCCACAGCAACCAGCACCCCCAGUCCCCAGCUGUGCCGCCCACCUAUCCCUCUGGCCCCCCACCUGCCACUUCUGCCUUGAGCUCCACCCCUGGCAACAAUGGGGCCUCUACCCCAGCAGCACCUCCAAGUGCCCUGGGCCCCAAGGCCAGUCCAGCUCCCAGCCACAACUCGGGUACUCCUGCCCCCUAUGCCCAGGCUGUGGCCCCACCCAAUGCCAGCGGGCCCAGCACUGCCCAGCCCCGGCCCCCCAGUGCCCAGCCGAGCGGGGGAAGUGGUGGUGGCAGCGGAGGGAGCAGCAGCAAUAGUAACAGUGGCACAGGCGGAGGGGCUGGCAAGCAGAACGGUGCCACCAGUAAGUGGAGGCCAGUUUGGGGAACAGGGCAAGGUGGUCAGUGGCUGACAGCCUGUUUACACUUGCCCUUCUUUUCCCCAGGCUACAGUUCAGUUGUUGCAGACAGCCCUGCAGAAGUGGCCCUGAGCAGCAGUGGGGGCAGCAGUGCCAGCAGCCAAGCCCUGGGGCCCACGUCAGGCCCUCACAACCCAGCUCCAAGCACCUCAAAGGAAUCCAGUACGGCAGCCCCAACAGGGGCUGGGAAUGUGGCUUCAGGCUCAGGGAACAACUCAGGGGGACCCAGCCUCUUGGUGCCACUGCCUGUGAAUCCCCCCAGUUCUCCAACGCCCAGCUUUAGUGAGGCCAAAGCAGCUGGCACCCUGCUCAAUGGUCCUCCACAGUUCAGCAGUACCCCAGAAAUCAAGGCCCCUGAACCUCUGAGCUCUCUGAAAUCUAUGGCAGAACGGGCAGCUAUCAGCUCUGGUAUUGAGGACCCUGUGCCAACCUUACACCUAACAGAGCGAGACAUCAUCCUGAGCAGCACAUCAGCACCCCCCACCUCAGCCCAGCCACCCCUGCAGCUGUCAGAGGUGAACAUACCAUUGUCACUGGGUGUGUGUCCACUGGGGCCAGUGUCCCUCACCAAGGAGCAGCUCUACCAGCAGGCCAUGGAAGAGGCCGCCUGGCACCAUAUGCCCCACCCCUCUGACUCCGAGCGCAUUCGGCAAUACCUCCCCCGGAACCCUUGCCCGACGCCCCCCUACCACCACCAGAUGCCACCCCCACACUCGGACACCGUGGAGUUCUACCAGCGCCUGUCAACCGAGACACUCUUCUUCAUCUUCUACUAUCUGGAGGGAACCAAGGCACAGUACUUGGCAGCCAAGGCCCUAAAGAAGCAGUCCUGGCGAUUCCACACCAAGUACAUGAUGUGGUUCCAGAGGCAUGAGGAGCCCAAGACCAUCACAGAUGAGUUUGAGCAGGGCACCUACAUCUACUUUGACUACGAGAAGUGGGGCCAGCGGAAGAAGGAAGGCUUCACCUUUGAAUACCGCUACCUGGAGGACCGGGACCUCCAGUGACACCGGCCCCCUCUACCUGACCCCUCCCCCCCGCAUGCUGAUCCCCCUGCCCAGGUGAGGGCCCUGCCCUGGAAGACUGGGGGAGGCCCAAGGCCAUGGGGCACCCUCCCCCCAGGAGCAGGGAAAGGGCAGGGAGGUUUUCUCUUCCUCUCUGCCCUACCCUGGGGGCCUGGGAGUGAGAGUUGCCCCCUCCUCCCCUCCCCAGUGAGGGACAUUUUUUGGUAAACCUAUUUUCAUUUUGGAAAAUAUUUAUGAAUAAAUAGUUUUAUAUGA